AUGGUGGCAUUCAGGGGCGCGGACUUUGUGUCUGGAGUGUGCUCCUUCUCUGCCCCAGGUGCCGAGGCCAGGCGGGAGCUGUGCUUUGAACAGGCUGUGAUCUUUAUCGAAGACGCGAUCCAGUAUCGCUCCAUUAACCACCGCAUGGACACCAGGUCGAUGUGGCUCUACCGAUGGUAUUACUCGGACGCUUGCCAGUGGAUUUUGGGCUUCAUCAUUUUCUUGAUCCUGUUUUUGGCUUUUAUUGAGACCCCUUCCUCGUUCACCAGCACCUCAGACGUCCGCUACCGCUCGAAGCCCUGGAACCCGCCCUGCGGCCUGACGGAGAGCGUCGAGGUCCUCUGCCUGCUGGGCUUCGCGACCGACCUCUCUGUGAAGAGCUACCUGGUUGGGUGGCCCCAGUUCCGGAAGAGCCUGUGGCUGCUGGCCUACCUGGUGGUGCUGGUCGUGUCUUUCGUGGACUGGAUGGUGUCGCUGAGUCUCGUCUGCCAGGAGCCCCUGCGGCUGCGCCGGCUCCUGCGGCCCUUCUUCCUGCUGCAGAACUCCUCCAUGAUGAAGAAGAUGCUCAAGUGCAUCCGGUGGUCGCUGCCGGAAAUGGCCAGCGUGGUGCUGCUGCUGGCGCUGCACCUGUGCGUCUUCACCAUGCUCGGGAUGCUGCUCUUCACCGGCAACAAGCAGGGCGAUGGGCAGGACAGGGAGAGGCUGAUCUACUUCCGCGACCUGGCGGAGUCCCUGACCUCGCUCCUGGUGCUGCUGACCACGGCCAACAACCCUGACGUCAUGGUUCCUGCGUAUUCCAAGAACCGGGCCUUUGCCCUCUUCUUCAUAGUUUUCACCCUGAUCGGAAGCUUGUUUUUGAUGAACCUGCUGACGGCCAUCAUCUAUAAUCAGUUCCGGGGCUACCUGCUGAAAUCUGUCCAGGCCUCACUGUUCCGGAAGCGGCUGGGGACCCGGGCUGCCUACGAGGUCCUCUCCUGGAUGGCGGACAGAGAAGCCCGCCCUCAGGGAGUUGGGGUGAGGGCCCAGGACCUCCUGCAGGUGCUUCAGAAAGUCCAGGUGGACAGCACCCACAAGCAGGCCAUCAUGGAGAAGGUGCGCUCCCAUGGUGAUGGCCUGCUGUCAGCUGACGAGUUUCAGAAGCUGUUCAACGAGCUUGACAAAAGUCUGAUGAAGGAGCACCCGCCACGGCCCGAGUACCAGUCCCCGUUCCUGCGGGUCGCGCAGUUCCUGUUCGGCCACCGCUACUUUGACUACCUGGGGAACGUCAUCGUCCUUGCGAACCUCGUGUCCAUUUGUGUGUUCCUGGUGCAUGACGCAGGUGUCCCGCCCCAAGACCGUGACGACUUCAUGCUGGGGAUUCUCAACUGCGUCUUCAUCCUGUACUACCUGGCGGAGAUGCUGCUCAAGGUGUUCGCGCUGGGGCUGUCCGGGUAUCUGUCCUACCCCAGCAACGUGUUCGACGGCCUCCUCACCGCCAUCCUGCUGGUUUUGGAGAUCUCAACUCUGGCUGUGUACCGAUUCCCACACCCAGGCUGGAAGCCGGAGCUGCGGGGCCUGCUGUCGCUGUGGGACAUGGUUCGCCUGGUGAACAUGCUCAUCGUGUUCCGGUUCCUGCGCAUCAUCCCCAGCAUGAAGCUGAUGGCCGUGGUGGCCAGCACCAUCCUGGGCCUGAUCAAAAACAUGCGGGCUUUCGGCGGGAUCCUGGUGGUGGUGUACUACGUCUUUGCCAUCGUUGGCAUCAACCUGUUCCGGGGUGCCAUUGUGCCUCCUCCUGGAAACAUCAGCCUGGCCCCUAACGGCUCGGCGCCCUGCGGCAGCUACGAGCAGCUGGAGUACUGGGCCAACAACUUCGAUGACUUUGCGGCUGCCCUGGUCACGCUGUGGAACGUGAUGGUCGUGAACAACUGGCAGGUGUUCCUGGACGCCUAUCAGCGCUACUCGGGCCCGUGGUCCAAGAUCUACUUUGUGUUGUGGUGGCUGGUGUCGUCUGUCAUCUGGAUCAACCUGUUUCUGGCUCUCAUUCUGGAGAACUUCCUCCACAAGUGGGACCGCCGAGGCGAACUGCAGUCCCGCUCCGGGGACCAGAUCACCGCAGUGGACCUGUUGUUCAGGGAGGUCCUGGAGGAGCCGACGGAGGAGGAGCUGAUGGCCAAGCUGCGGCAUCACCCCCACCUGCAGCUGUGCAGGUGACGUCCCGUGUGCCUCCCUGGCUGGCGGAUGGCGAUGUGGCCUGGGGACCAACGUGGGUCCUGGGGAGAGGCAGCUGCGGCCCGAAGGAGAGACAGAGCCACUCCGCCCCUGAGGCCGUGACAGAACCGACAGAGCCGAGGCCCUGUGCACUGCCUAGCGGAACAUGGCAGCUUCUGUCUGCAGCAUCGCAGCACGGCUGGCGCUUUGGCAGCGUCCACGCCACGCUCUUACGUGAGCUGCUUUUACUUGUCUCAGUGCGGGAAGAGGGUGACUCCACAGGGACCUUUGAGACGGUCUGAAAGCAAGAAGCAGGCCUCCUCGUGGCCCUGCGGUUUCCGUGGUGCCUUUGCUGCCUGCGGCCUUCAGGGACCAGAGGCCCCGUGGGGCCUGCACAGGCCGCCGGCAGCUUCCCGGGCCAGUAAGUGUGGAUCCUGGUGGCUUCGCACGAAGUGGGCCGUGGCUGUUUUAUUACUGUAUGAAUUGUGUGAAUGUGAUUGGGUGUUUCCUUACGGGUCAGGAUGCCAAUAUCAAUGAGUUUUGCAAAGAA